GAAGAAGAAGAAAAAGAUGCGGAAGCAAAAGUUGCCUGAGGUUAACGUUGUCAUGGCGCCUCGCAUGUAAUUCAACUGUACGAACUCUUUUAUUAUCUUUUUGUGAGCAUUAUUAAGUGUGUUUGUUAUUUAGGUUGUUGUGGUUAAGCUGGCUCUACCACCGAGAGUGAAAUGAGCACCCAAUACAGCAUCCUUUUUAAACAAGAGCACGCACACGAUGAUGCAAUCUGGACGGCAGCGUGGGGUAAAAGUGAGGCAGACGGUUCAGAAACGAUCGUCACUGGCUCCCUGGACGAUAUGGUCAAAGUUUGGAAAUGGUCUGACGAGAAGCUUGAGCUGCAGUGGACGUUGGAGGGCCACCAGCUGGGCGUCGUGUCUGUGGACAUCAGCCACAACGGAGCCAUUGCCGCCUCCAGCUCACUUGACGCGCAUAUCCGCCUCUGGGACCUGGAGUCCGGGAAACAGAUCAAGUCCAUGGACGCCGGACCAGUGGAUGCCUGGACGGUGGCCUUCUCACCCGACUCGAAGUACAUCGCCACAGGAAACCACCUGGGCAAGGUCAACAUCUUCGGCGUAGAAAGCGGCAAGAAGGAAUACUCUCUGGACACUCGGGGGAAAUUCAUCCUCAGUAUCGCUUACAGUCCCGAUGGUAAAUAUUUGGCCAGCGGGGCUAUUGACGGCAUCAUCAACAUCUUUGACAUCGCCACCGGAAAGCUCCUCCACACGCUGGAAGGGCACGCCAUGCCCAUCCGCUCACUCACCUUCUCUCCCGACUCCCAACUGCUUGUCACGGCGUCCGACGACGGCUACAUCAAGAUUUACGACGUGCAACACGCCAACCUGGCGGGCACGCUGAGUGGACACGGAUCUUGGGUGCUUAAUGUGGCCUUCUCCCCGGACAACACACACUUUGUCUCUAGCUCCUCAGACAAGAGUGUCAAAGUUUGGGACGCCAGCUCCAGAGCGUCUGGCUCCGGAGCGUGCAUCAACACCUUCUUUGACCACCAAGACCAGGUAUGGAGCGUCAAGUACAACAGCAACGGCUCCAAGAUCAUCUCGGUCAGUGAUGACCGUGCCAUCCAUAUUUACGACUGCCCCAUGUGAGGCGACACAUCUAGAACUGAGGGCGGGAGGGAGUCAUUUUGUAUGAAUGAUUUUGUACUGUCUCGUGAUGGUACAAUAAAUUCUUUUUUCCUUAA